AUGACAGCCGCCGAUGCGGUUGCCGAAGACACCUUAGUGGCCCCAUGCUCAGCGGAUGCUCCCACUAUUACUCAACCCCCGGAAGAAACAGAAAACAUUUCAUUAACUGGAUGUGGAACCUGUGUCAUUAGCCCACCCACCAUUCUAUGUGAAGCAUGUUGCACUUGGUGUCACAACUGCGGCCGUGCGAUAAGAAGUGCUGCCUCAAAUCACCUUGAUAACGUGCGUGACUCGAUAUAUAGAAGGCCGCUUGCAUCUCCACGAUCUGAGCCAGACGUGGAAACAAAGAGAAAUCUUGGGGCUGUCUUGGGCGUUGGGAUCGAGCAUUUUCUGGGGGACAAUUCGGACGACAAAGUACCUCUCAGCCUGUCUCAAAAGCUCAAAGAUCUGUGCCUUCCAGCGGUUCUGGCUGAAGUUCAGUAUCGUUCGAAUCCUACGUCAAAAGCCGUUGUGAGUCGUAGGGCCUGGCUUGAUGACAGAUACAUCUCGCCCAAGGAACAAGAGUGUUGUCGCAAGUAUUGUAACCCUCUAUCAGCAUGCGAUUUGUAUGAACACCUAAAGGAUUCAAACGUCCAAAGGCGACUCUUGUAUAUCGAGGAUCUUGACGCGUAUUACUUAUCUUCAUUGAUCCAGACUGUCGUAGAUUACCACACCUGUCCCCUGAAGGAUGCUUUUGAAUCACACUUCGAGUUUAGGACCAAGCUUUGCCUUGAACACAAGCCUGAGCAUCCGGAGUACAGAAUUUCGAUGCACAUGAAUUUUCCUGUAACGGUGCCGGAGGCAUUUAAGGUUGACCAUUCAAAACUGCAUAACUGGAAGGACACAUCAUUUGCCAAUAAACAGCGGCGUGCUUCCAAAAGAAAUCCCAUCUCCGGUAUAUAUACAGCAAGGAAAACGAUCGAAAUAUGCGGCAAAGGAUUUGAAAACUAUACCGUUUGGGCGUUUUUCGAUGUCCUCCACGACCGAGAACGAAUUGAAGAGAAAAACGAGGACGAUUUCCCGUACGAAACCAGCAAUGGAUUGAUUCAUGAAGAUCAGAUUGUUUUUAAAAAUAAAUUGGAUGCAAAUAAACCUUUUUUUGACGUUCGGCCAUACGCUUUACGAAUACUGGACUGCGUUGUCCAAGAGAGCGUAUUUCGCUGGAAGGACGCCAUCCAACCGUUCAAGGAUCCGUUCACGGUCCACGAACAAAGAAUCAAUAAUAUCUCCACCCAAUCCAGAGAAUCGGGACAAAGAUUCCACCACAAUGUCGAAGAAGCCUACGAUCAGACCCAUAGAUGGAUACACCUCUUUAUGAAUUUGGAAGUCGAGCUGUCCGGCCUCGUUGGGAAAUUGGAGAAAUUUUUGGCUCUGGAUGGAAAUCUAAAGUUCUUCUCAGAUCCGUCCUUCGCUCACGCAGACCGUACUUCUUUAAGGAUUCGGAGGAUCGAGAAUGGCCUCGACGACUUGAAGGAAAUUCACUGUACUCUAAAAGGACAUCUCCAAUCGUGCAAUAGAUACAAAGACAAGCUGGACCAUACGCUCAAGCUUGAAGCCGAAAAGCGGAGCGCGAAGACCGCUCAAACAACGAUGAUGACGGUGUAUAUUGUCACACCUAUCAUGGUCGGGAUAGGGAUCUGUUCUAUGAACGAGAAUUUGAUCCCCGUCUCACUGCACAAAGUCAGCCUGGUGGUCGUUUUUCUCGGCGUAUUUAUCGCAUUUUAUUUCCUACAAUUCUUUCUUUCCGUCAUGAACGACGUUUCGAAGUGGUGUGGGUACGUCACUCGAGCCAUUGGGGCUGGACUUGUGGCAUCAUGCAAAAGUAUCCAGCGCUACGUUCAAGACAUACAAGGGAGGACCUGGGCACGACCAGACCCCGAUAUAGCGGAGAAUGCGUAA